AUGGGAAAGAAGGCGGAACAGAAGAAGAAGGAUAAGAUCGUCGAGGACAAGACGUUUGGACUCAAAAACAAGAACCGCAGUGCGAAGGUGCAGUCUUACAUCCAGUCCGUUUCCAAGAAUGUGAACCAAGGCAAUCCGAAUGAGCGAAAGCGCACUGAGGAGCUCGAGGCUAAACGACGGGCUCGUGAAGAGAAAAAGGCCUUUGAGGCGGAAAUGGCAAAACUCUUUAGGGACGUAGGGAAGGCGAGCAAACCAGCCACACACCAGCCGCCUGAAGGCGACGGCGAUCACGAGGCAGGGGAGGUGGACAAGAACCUCGGUUGUGCCCCCGAGGACUACCUGUUCCAGCCGGAGGACUUUGAUGAGGUGCGGUACGAUGAACGCCGAUUAGAGGAGCAGCUGGAGGCGGAGCGCGAGGCACUGAAGGAUCGCACCGACCUAACACCCGUGACGGAGGAGAGUUUUCAGGCAUGGAAGGCGAUGAAGCGGGCGCAGGCGGCCGAAUUGGAGUUGGCGCGGGUGCGCAAGGCGAAGGCAGGGGAAGGCAAACUGCGCGGAUGGGACUUGUGGCAGAUGGACAAGGAACUCUUCGUGGACGACGAUGACGCAGACGAGCAGUACGAGCGGGAGGAAAGUCCGGAUGACGAAGAGGACGAAGCGGCAUAUGACCUUUCGUGA